AUGGCGCCGCCUAUCUGUACUAAGACGUUCAAGUUGAACAAUGGUGCGCCAGGAACGGAUGAUGCCAAGGCCUUGGAGGAGUCCAUCAUCCAUGCUUUGAAGAUCGGUUACCGCCUCAUUGACACCGCCCAGAUCUACGGCGUAGAGGAGGUGGUGGGCAAGGCUAUCCGCAACAGCGGUGUCCCCCGGUCCGAAAUUGUUGUCGUCACCAAGUUCUGGGGCAACUGGCACCACGACCCAGCUAAGGCGCUGCAGAUCUCGCUGGACGCUCUUGGGCUUGACUACGUUGACGUCUUUCUCAUGCAUUGGCCGUGGGCCACAACCCCUGCUCCUGAGAAGAAGGUGCUGAAGAAGUGGGAGAGCCCGACCUUUAUCGAGACCUGGAAGAUGAUGGAGCCGCUGGUCGGCGAGAAGUGCAGGUCCAUCGGUGUCAGCAACUUUAUGCCAAAGGUCAUGGACGAGCUGCUUGCAGAGGCCAAGAUCGUACCGGCCGUUAACCAGGUUGAGCUUCAUGCCUUCAACCCGAACCUCAAGCUUGUGCCCUACUGCCAGGAAAAGGGCAUUGUCGUCACAAGCUGGAGUACGUUGGGCGGUUCGCGCGCGGCGCAGAACGAGAUUCUCACCCACGAGCUGUUCACUAGCAUUGCCAAGGCUCAUGAUGUCUCUUCUGGCGUAGUAUCCCUCUCUUGGGCGGUGCAGCGGGGCAUUGCAGUCAUCCCCAAGAGCUCCAAGAAGUCUCGCAUCGAAGAGAACAUCCGUCUUGUCACCCUUACUGACGAGGAGAUGAACAAGAUCAACGAAGCGCACAAAACAAUCAAGAAGGAGAGAUUCUCCAAUAACAUUGCAUCGCAACACAUGGAAAUUGACGGCAAAAUGACUCAGCAGGGCUGGACUUACGUUGACAUGGGAUAUGAAGAUGAAGAUGGCAACUGGUUGGCGUGA